AAGGCUGCUAGAGCCUAACGCAGGGCAAGCGCGCUCUGACGCCGGGCCGGGAUUCGCGCUCAUGGCCCGGACUCCCGCUCCACCAGCGUGCUCUGCCUAACUACUGGGGCGAUCUCAUCUUCCUCCAAGUCCCUCCCCACCAUGAGGCCUACGCCAAGAAAAAUGCAAAGCCAGGGGCUUUCUGCAGUCCCUAAGGGUCACACGGGAUUUGUGAAAAUCACCAGAAGGCAGUCUAGGGGCUGUGGGGGUCGCGACGGCCGUCUGGGGAUGGUAGAAGUCACCAAAGGUCAAAGAGGGCGGUGUGAAGACCUGGCCUUAGCCUGGCUCCAGGAAGUGCCUUCGAUGCCAAAACCCAGUAGGAGGUGUGCAGGCCUCGGUAUUUGGUAAGCAGAAAGCGCCCCGUUCCAACUCCAGAGAGCGCCACUGGGAGACGGGGCUAAGCUGGAUGAUCUGGCCCACGAGCCUCACCUCUACCCCAGGUGGAGACUCCAGCCUGUUUUCGUCGCCCUCCCAGCUUGACGACGGGCCUGUUGCCUGGAGAUGUGAGCGCACUGGCCGUGUAAUGGGGGCGUGAGCGCUGCAGAUCCUCAGUCUCUUCUCCGUCCGAGACAAGCAAACCAAUAAGGACCGUCGCGCGUGGAGGGCUCCCAACACCCUUUCGCCCGAUUGUGCUUAGUGAGGCUCCUUUACGGCGCGUUUCCAGACCGCUCCGGACUACCCUAAGUUCUCCCAUUUAUAUGACUGAGAAACUGAAGAGUCCGGCGGGAAGAAGGGACGUGGGAUUGUCAAGCCCGUGCCAAAACUGAGGCGAGAGCCGCGCCUCGCGCUUUCGUAAGGGCUGGGCUCUGCGUGGACCUUCGGACGACGGAGAAAGAGCCCAGGGUGGAGGGGGCGCUUCCGAGACCUUGACCACUGAACCCACACUUCAAUGCGUCCCUACUUAACAGAUAAAGAGACUGAGGUGUCCAGUACGGAAGUGACUCGCGCCGGGACUCGGCGGGUUUCUCAGCAGCUGCAAGCACUGGACCCUGAAUCCUCCCUCGGCCCAGCCCGUUCCAGAUCCCAAAGCAGGGACGCACCAGGAAUCGGGCUGCGCAGCGUGGAUUGUGGACACUCAAAGCUGUGCUGGGUCUCCAGCAGCGGCGAGUUGGGUGCGACCGGUCGGGGACUCGGCAGAGAAACCAGGCUGAGCCCGGAUCGAUCGAUGCGCUCGGCGCGCAGCAAGGUCCAAGGAGCUGGCAGGGGAUCCGCAGGGGCGAGGCAGCGAGCUCCAAACGGGAGGGACGUGUCUGGCGGCGAGUUCCUAUUGGCAGGCCGUUUGGGGAAGAUGGAUCCUGAUUGGCCCGGCGGCUGUGGUCUACUGCGGGCGGGGGGGUUAAGCUCGUCGCCGCCGCCCCGGCCUAGGCGCCCCCCCAGGGCGCUGAAUCCGCACCUUGGACCUGUAGCGGCCGUGGCACGCAAUGGGUCUUCGCCUCUGUCCCUACUCUGCGGCGCUGCUCCUGGGUGGCCUCCUGUUCCUCCUGCUGCUCGUAGACCCGGCGCUCCCAGUCGGACGUCCCCCUCCUGUGGUGCUGGGUCACAGCAGAGGAGCCUUACGCCACAGCCAGAGUCACAGAAUCCUAAUCUGCCCAGCUUCUCAGAGAGUGAAGCUGUUGGCAUUAAUCCUGGGAAACCCCAUGGUGGGCAGUGGAGGAGCUGUUCCUGGACACACAGCAGGGACCAUCAGAGGAUCAGCCUCCAAGGUGCCUGGUGAUUUGGGCAACCAGCUGGAGGCAAAGCUGGACAAGCCAACGGUCGUACACUACCUCUGCUCCAAGAGGACGGACAGCUACUUCACCCUCUGGCUGAACCUCGAGCUGCUGCUACCUGUCAUCAUUGACUGCUGGAUCGACAACAUCAGGCUGGUUUACAACAGAACAUCCCGGGCCACGCAGUUUCCAGAUGGUGUAGAUGUGCGUGUUCCUGGCUUUGGGGAGACUUUCUCACUGGAGUUCCUGGACCCCAGCAGAAGCAGUGUGGGUUCCUAUUUCCAUACCAUGGUAGAGAGUCUUGUGGGCUGGGGCUACACACGGGGUGAGGAUGUCCGGGGGGCCCCCUACGACUGGCGCCGAGCCCCAAAUGAAAACGGGCCCUACUUCCUGGCUCUCCGGGAGAUGAUCGAGGAGAUGCAUCAGCUGUAUGGGGGCCCUGUGGUGCUGGUUGCCCACAGCAUGGGCAACAUGUACACACUCUACUUUCUGCAGCGGCAGCCACAGGCCUGGAAGAACAAGUAUAUCCGUGCCUUUGUGGCACUGGGUGCGCCCUGGGGGGGCGUGGCCAAGACUUUGCGUGUCCUGGCCUCAGGAGACAACAAUCGGAUCCCGGUCAUUGGGCCCCUGAAGAUUCGGGAGCAGCAGCGGUCUGCCGUCUCCACCAGCUGGCUGCUGCCCUACAACUAUACCUGGUCCCCUGAGAAGAUCUUCGUGCGUACACCCACAGCCAACUACACGCUGCGGGACUACCGCCAGUUCUUCCAGGACAUUGGCUUCAAAGAUGGAUGGCUCAUGCGGCAGGACACGGAGGGGCUGGUCGAAGCCACAGUGCCCCCUGGCGUGCCGCUGCACUGCCUCUAUGGCACUGGUGUCCCCACGCCAGACUCCUUCUACUAUGAGAGCUUCCCAGACCGUGAUCCCAAAAUCUGCUUUGGUGAUGGCGACGGCACUGUGAACUUGCAGAGCGCCCUGCAGUGCCAGGCCUGGCGCAGCCGCCAGGAGCACCAAGUGUCACUGCACGCGCUCCCGGGCAGCGAGCACAUCGAGAUGCUGGCCAACGCCACUACCCUCGCCUAUCUGAAACGUGUGCUUCUUGGGCCCUGAUUCCUGUGCCAGGCAGGGCUGUGGGAUGGCGUGGCCACACCUGCUUCUCUUGGCUACCGUGGCCCGUGAGGUUAGCAGUUUGUGACUGACUGUCUAAUGUCCUCAGUCUGGGGUUGUGAAAUAUCUGCCAUUGGGAAAUGCUGUUUCUUAUCCUUUCCUCUGUGGAUGUGAGGAAAGAAGAAAUAGUCUGGACUCACUUGAGGGAUCCUUGCUGAAAAGAAUGCUGCUGCUGCUGCUGCUGCUGAUGGAAUUGCUGUGACCUCAGGACUGGCUCCGCAGGUGGACUGGCUGGCACCUGGCCUCAAUCCUGGACUGAGGGGUCAUUUGUUUCUCCUACCCCUGUGGCCUUUUCACAUUUACCCCCUGGGCCCUGGCCCCUUAGCCUUCCUGUGGGGGAUAUUACUGAGGUGUGGUUCCUGUCCCUAAAGAUCCCCGGGAUGGUCUGGUCCCUAGGGGAUCCUUCCCACACACUGGCCACAGGUAGGCUUGCUAGUGGCUGUGGGUGGCUGGAGCUGCUGGCUUCCCUGUGGCCUAGUUGCUCAGCAGCUUGACUGUGGCUUUCUGGAGGCAGCCUGGUUCCUCCUGCAGGCAGGGGCGAGUUGUGUUCUCCAUGGUUCCCAGGUCCUGGGACAUUCACUCCUACCUCCCUCACCUCCAAGAACAGCCUAGCUCAGGAUUGGGCAGCAUAUGGCCCUCUAGUUCUUGGGGGCUGCGUUCCAGGAGCCUUGACUCCUGUGGUUGGGCUGUUACCCACAGUAUUGAUGCUGGCUCCCUUCCCUCUGGGAGUGUGGUUCAAGGAUGAGAGCAGGGCCAGUGCCAUGGCCUUUUAGGUAUUCAUGAAGAAAGAGAACUCAAGGAAGCAGCUAAGGCAGCUCGGGGUAUCCCUGCUAAAUCCACCACCACGUUGCCACCCAGCCCUAGGGUUUUUCUAGCACCCGUGUGGGCUGGUGCAAAGCUGAGAGGAGGUAGGACUCUUUCCCACUUUGCCCAGCACCUACUCCCACCAGGCAGCUCAGUGGUGUUUAGUCUGCAGAGACUAACCCAGAAGCUUGAGUCGCCCCUGAAAGAGCCAGGUGCCCUGGGGCUCCCCUGGUAAUUUCCUUCCUUUCCAGAGGUGCUGCAUGGAUCUCCCUAUAAUAGCAGGGAUGCAGAAUCUGGAUCUGCCUUGGUGGCAGUGAUCUCCAAGUGGUCAAUGGCUCUAGGCCAAGACUUGAGUCUAACCUCUAGGAUGGGACCCCAGAGCCACAGUCAGGCUGGACUGUGCUGCUCUCCCACAAGAUUUCUGUGGAGCUGGAUUUUUUUGUAUUGUGAACAUACCCAGCAUCUCUCUCCUUUUAUUCCUGAGUGGUGUGCUCCGUACUGGGGCUCUGAGCAGGCUGUACCUUGAUUCUGGCAAUAAAAAUACUCUGGAUGCUGUAAA